CCUGAAACAGCGGUGUGUAGUAGUGAGGACGUUAUUACUAGUCUCUAGAGAGUAAUAAUUGCGCUACCUGGCCUGGGAUUGGAGCUUUUUUGUUGAGGCGGAAAAUCAAAGUAACAAGAGUAUAAACUACAUCUGUUAUAAUUUAUUCCAAUCAGAUUUUCACAAUUAUGGAGUGCUUCAUUAUCGCUUUUCAAGAUAUUUUGCUAGCACACCCACCUUAUUAGUAUCGGAGACAAGAAACAAAGAGGCGACUUGUACACUUUUCUUCUAUACGACAGCACCAAAAUAUACAGAAAGCCGACACUGAACACAGAGUGAAAGUCAAACUGCCACUUAGAUAAACGGAAGCAAGAGCAAUUUAAGUAGACGCAAGUAGCACGAAGAACACAAGUGUAAAACCACGUAUGAAAAAAAUUUCCAAUACAAGGAUGUUGCUUCAUAGUAAAGAAGAGGAAGCAUUUUUGUUGUGACCACAAAUGAAUAUGCCACCUAAAUAAUACUUGAAAUUUUUCCCACUAAACCAACACUAUCUAGCCUCUACUAGAGAUUGCUGGCCGUAAGAAAACAACAGCAUUAAGUUCGGCGAUCGAGAUCGACCACGUCGUGUUAGGGUAAAAAAAAUCUCCAAAGGCGGCUUCAUCUUUCUGGAGUAGUAGGCAUAAUUGAAAAUCCCACUUGGAACACAGAUACACUAUAAAAAUUCUUGGGUUCUGUCGCCCAAAAAGUCUUUAUUUUUGGGUCGCGUAAGAACCUACACGACUGGUUGUAUCCUGUGAUCAUUCAUCAUUUUCAUGCACUUCUACAGUGGCACGUCCACGUGCCGAGCCGCCAACCUUUUCAUAGCACCCAAAACAGGUCGUGGCUGCAAGAUUCAGAAUCAGAAGAGUUGACAAGAACUCUAUUACGCCCACCCAAAGAACCUGUACCUUAGCAGAAUAUAGUCCGGCAAAAUUUUUUCCAGAAUAAUUUUGAAAUCAAAGUUCCGUUUAGAUAGCAUGUUCAUGAUUUACAGCUCUGGCAGCCAAGGAGAACUUCUUUUAUGUGGGAACUACGAGAAGGACCGGCAUAAGGGGAGUACUACAUGCCAUUCGAAAUAAUACACAAGUCAGUGACCCUUGACGUUGACCGGCAAACAUCGAAGAAGCAAAAAUGCUGUAGCCUACAUCUUGAUUUUUUUGCUCCGUGCUCGGGUAGUUGCACCAGUACACAUAUUGUGAGGAAAAAUCCCCCCUCCCCAUAUCGAAACGGAAAUUUGUGAUGCUGAUUUGUGACCACAAAGAAAUCAGGUUUGUCUUGCGUACAAGGCAAACGGCACCCAUGUGGCGCAGUGUUAGCCCAGUCUGUCAUGCGUUUUCGCCUACGCCAGACUUGUUUCUCAUGCGCAGCUGCUAGCCGGAUGCGUACCCAAAUGGGCUUAGAGUAUGCCGACAAGCUCUUGCUGCAAUACAAAACUCAUUUGUGUACACAAAUCCAGCAACACAAAUCGGCUUUUGAGUAUGGGGUGGGGGCUUUUUUCACUUUGAUAACACAACCGCUCCGGUCUUCCAUGCAAGCCGGGUACUGCGUACUCGCUGCCGGAGCAGAGCCAUCAAUGGAAAUUAUAUUAGACGAGGCCUCUUUUACUUUUUAAGUACAACCUUUUUUUUCAGAAAUAAUUCAAGAACGCGUGGUGGUGCACGUGCGCCGUCUUUGGUACAUGAUUUUUUUUUCGACGAACGAUAGAUUCAUCUCGACUAGAGGAAAUGCAGGGGGCGUUUGUGCAACAAUUCUAUAUCGUCGUUGAUUUUCAUGGUGCGCGACAGACUCUCUCACACGGUGACACUUUACAUUAGCUGUGCCGUGUUUUUUUUUAGAGUCGUUGCGCUAAUACUAAUAGGCGGUGCCUGCUACUGUCACGUUUCAGUGUUUCGGGUAUAGAAAUCUACUACCUUACGGAAGUUUAUUUCUUGAUACCGGAAGUAAGAACUAAGCUAUUCACUCUCUCCUAGAAACCAACUUUUUCGAUUCUUCGCAUUUGCUUUCUAGCUGUGCUGCCGCGCUCUCACAUUUGAUUCUUAACGAAUUGGGUUGUAAAUAGCUGUUUGCAGUUGAAAAUAAAGUAGCAAUUCGAACGUUUAACUGUAUCUAUAUGAUUAUGUUGAACACCUGGAGCUGUUGGCGUUGUUGUUGACUGACUUCCAGGAAUCCGGAUGCACUUACCACAGGAGGAAAAAAACCUUCGAAGCACGACUGGCGCAAGAAACUUUAGCCACCAAUGCUACACCUAGAUCGGCAAAGAUAAAAGUAAAACAGCGCAAACUUCUUUGCAUGACAAGAAGGCCCACGUAAAGCCGGGUAAUAUUCAUCACGCGCAACCUUAGUUAGCGUAGUAGCGGCGCAUCACGCGCAACCUUAGCUAGUGUAGUAGCCGCGGAAGCAAAAAUACGAAUCAUCGCGUUGCGUGUUGUGCCCGCUAAAGAUAGGUGGUUGUCAAAUACUACUUCGCGUAGAAGUUGACCCAUUGAAUAUGUCUAGCGUGGGCGCAACACGGCACGAUGACGUGAUUUUGGAGUAAUUUUGUUCUGAACUUGGUGAAACUGAUGAACUGACAAACUAAACCUGAUAAAAACAACUACAGAGCGUUAUUUUUUUUCGAUGCAGUGAGAAGAGCAUCCAACAUUUGAUAGAUACUUUUAUUGUGAACAAAAUCAACAGACCAAGACUGCCCUUUAAGACAAAACCAGCUCGAAGGACUGUAGUGAAUGUUUUAUCCUUACGGGCUUUUCCUUUUCCAUUCCUAGUACCAGAACCCCCGCCCCGGAUUUCAAUCCUCUUUCUAUGCUUCUCCCCUAGCUGCCCUUUGAGACCUGAUUGGUGGCACUAUUCAACUCUUCUGGUUUAUUCCACAAAGUUUUUUUUUCCUAUUUUCUGCCGUAAAUAGUACACCCACCUAGUCCGUCGAAGCAUCUACGUGCAGCAAGUAUCUAUUUGCAGCACCUUAAGAUCUGUAGAAGUAAGUACUUCUUCUUUAUCUAUCCGCGCGUCUUUCAUUAACGAUCGUCUUUGUGUCGAUUUUCAUUUUUUUUUUUGGCGUGAAGCCAAGUCGGUGUCGGGCAUCAAGAAAGCUCCAACGCCUAUCCGAAGCUAGCAGCGCAUGAAAUCACUAAAAAUUUAAACUCUUAAAUAAACCUACUGGAAUAGUAAGUAUCUGAAUCUGUCGAAUAGGAGGAGUGCCCGCAAUCAUACAUUCCUCGACGAAAUGAUACAGAAUUUGUCGGGAAAUAAGUGAUUCUGGCGGCAAGGCUGAACUAUAGUGCUCGACGUAGCUGCUGGGACAUAAUAAUUGUUCUACUCGACUUGUUGUACAGAAACCACGAUGGACCUCCACAUCAGCAACGGAACUCCAUCUUGAUCCAGGAGUCGGAGCAGGGUGGUCGUGGAGGCUCAUUUUCAACAUCGCGGCGCUGGAGGCAGAUAACUCGCUUGCUCUAUUAUUUACCCUGUCGGCAGGAAGUUUUUCUUGCGCACCAUCGUCGACACACCCUCCACGUGUGCCGCAAAAUCCUAAACCCCCAGCCGCCUCUACAACGACGUCUUCGUGCCACGAUUUUUUUAAACUGCGACAGUCAGCAGAAGUUGAACAUCGGCGACAGGCGGUGGUCGUCCCGGAUCAUAGUAGUACGGUGCCACUACAUGAUGAUCUUCAUGUGCAGCUAGGAACAACAUCUUCCAAACCGCUUCUGCAGCACACACGAACAUCUUGCCCGUCGCAGAAGCACUCCUUCUCUUCGUUGCCGGAAGCGAACAUAUUGCCGGAAAAAGACACCACCAAAGUAGCACCAGCACGACUUCCAGCUAGGACCAGUAGGAGCAGUACAACAACUUCCCGUGGUGCUAUAGUAGUACAACCACCUUUCGGUAGUAAGUUUCGCGCGAUCAUCAUACACGGCAAGCAGAACUCUUUUCGAGAACAAAACGGAUCACAAGAAGAUGAAGCGCAACCGUUCUGUGUCCGGGGUCCCCAUGAUCCCGGUCCUGAACCCGCUCCACAGCUACGCCCAGCUGUUCCCCACGUUCGGCAAGGGGCUAUACCGUUCCCCGAAGGAUUUUCCGCAGGACUGGGAGGUUCUGAAGCAGCUCGGCACGGCGAACUUCGGCAAAGUUUUCCUCUUGCGGCACAAGCCGACGAACCAGGAGUUCGCGGUCAAGCGCAUGGCGACCGACGAGAGGAACGCGGACGGACACAUCAGCAGAACGGGCGUGCUGGAGCGGUACACGCAGCGGGGGGAGGGCGAGAACGCGAUCGUCGAGCUCGGCGUCUACACGUACUGCUCUUUCGGGAAGAAUUUAGACAGGAAAUUGAACUACCUCCGGGAAAACAAGGAUUUAGAGACGCUCGGCGAGCUGAAGGGCGGCGAAAGCAUGGUCCAGGACGUUUUGGAUCAGACGAAAAUAUGCAUUGCAAAUUAUUUGAAAUUAUCCAGCGAUCUGGGUUUUUUUGUCAUGCAGUGAAUAGCAAGAUAAAAAAGAUCUGUGAUGCAUAGAAUCAAAAACAUGCCAGCUUUCUUGUCAUUCUGUGAACAAAUAACUCAGUUUAUUCCCAUGCGUUUCACGAAUGAAUUUGCAAGAACAAGCUGCCUGAAAAACCUGUGAAGAUGCUGUGAUGCCGUAGUACAAGCGUCCUCCUCUCUGCGAUCUUCAUGCGAGUUGUACUAACUAUCACUUAGCAUGAUCAACUACACAUAGUUUAGUAUUCCAGACCCGGAUCAUCAUGAUCGAUGAUAACUUCUGAAUGCAUAGCAAAAGGACAUGGCGUUGGUGCUGGUGAACCGGGGGCGGAGUGGGGGCUUCAGUGACGUCAUGGGCGGCACCAACGUGAACAACUUGCAUCUAUCGCACGAAAAAACUGUUUCACCGUGAUGAUUUUGCAAGAUUUGCAUCACAAGUUUGUUACACAUGACAAAGAAAACUUGGCAUGCGUGCUUCCUAAGGGAAAACACAGCUAAAAAUCCAAUAUCUUGCAUGUGUAGCAAGACAAACACAUGUGCGUUCCGUUCUAUGCAUCACAAGUUUACAGUGAAACAGUUUUUUCUCGUGAUAGCAUCUAGACGAGGUGUACUACAGCACACCCGCAGGCGCGAAAACCUUUGCGAAGAACCUGGGGAACGAUCCCAGACCGAACGGCGACAGUUUGGUCAUGGGGGAGGUAAACGUGCCCUUUGUCAGCGGGGGGAGUGACGCCAUCAUGCGGAACAAGUUCAACGUGCCCUUCAACGAGGGGGAGCAGACGGGCGCGCCGGACUUGAGCACCAACCUCGAGAGCACCGAACUGGACGACUCCGAGUACGCGCCGCCCUACUGGAUGGAACACAAACCCUGUCCGAACCUGCUGCGCAUGUCGUUUUGCCUCAUGGACAACGAGUACGUCUACGUGGGCACGGAAAAGUGCACCCGCGGCGAGCUGUUCGAGCUUGUCGCGGCGAAGAAGCGGCUCGGCGAGGCGCUCUGUAUCACACAGAAAAAAGCAGGCAGGUCAUAUUUGUAAUGCGAAAAUAAAUACACAAGAAAAGUUUGCAUAUCCUAAGCAGGAUGCUAUGAGGCCGCCCAUGUCAGAUUUUUCUGUGUAUUUAUUUUUGCAUUACAAAUCUGCCCUGCCUGCUUUUUUCUGUGGGAUACUCUGCCGGUGUUACCUGCGGCAGGUGUGCGAGGCCGUGCUGUGGCUGCACGACCGGGGCAUCUAUGAACUGCAAAAGUAUCGUAUUCGUAUAAAUGCAUUACAAAUUUCCUCAGCGUCAGAAAUAAAAUUUGUAAUGCAGACUUGCCUUGGGAACAUGCAAGACCUGCAUUUAUACGAGUGCGAUACUUUUGCACAGGAUAGCAUCGGGCACCGGGACAUCUCGCUCGAGAACAUUUUGCUCACCGACGAACCCGUAUGGAUGUGUCAGGUUUGAAAUCGUCAAAGUUGAAAUAGUUUGUCAUGCAUAAAACGGAUACCAGUUAGACCUACAGUUUGUAGUCGGCGCAUGACAAAUUUUCCCGGCCCUGGAAGCGAGUCUGUCAUGCGGUUUAGGGCAAAAGAGCUGCCUUCUGUCAUGCUAGUUAGCAGCCCAACUUUUGACCCUUGCCAGGACUAUGACCUGCCUCCCGUUGGUCCGCUGCAAUAGAGUCACUUUUUGCAUCGCAUUUUAUGCAUUACAAAUUAUUUCAACUUUGACGAUUUCAAACCUGACGCUUCCAUAACCCGAAGACCGGUGUAUCCGGCUGAUGGAUUUCGGGAUGUCGUGCAAUCUAUCAAGUGCAAAAAUGUCUGGGUCUGGAAGAAUGCAAACUUGUGACGCGCAUUUCGGAACACACAAAAAUCUCUCAUGCAUAGGUAGCAAAAGCUACUCACUUUCUGUCACCAAAGUGGGGGAUUUGUCAUGCGGGUUCGGCAUUGCGGAAGCUUCUCGAAACCUGUGAUGCUAGAGCUUCCAUGCCAGACCUUCUGUGUCAUGCAGAAACGUCACGACUCUUGCUCUUCGAGACACAGACACUUUUACAUUUGAUACAAUCUGUACCGCGAGCGCACCGACGACGAGCAGGCCGCAGCGGAGGCCGCUGCGGCGGCCGGGAAUAAAUCCACAGCAGACGGGACCACCCGGCUGACGGAAGCCAAUCACGACGCCUCCGAGCUGCAGCCGAAAGUCGCGCGGACCGCGGGGAAGGUCCGACUCUCGGAGAGCGGGCGGGAGCUAGAAGACGUGCACUACUCCUAUGACUUGCUCAAACGUGACAAUCUCAAACGCUACAAUAGAAUGUGGAGUUUGUAUUGCAUGAUGAGCAUGACAGACUCGCACAGCUUUCCACCUUUUGCAAUACAAAUUUCGCCAGAUUAUAGUGGGGUCUGGGGCUCCGGAACUUGUCAUGCGCAAUCCUAUGAGACUUGGCUAGAUCAUGCAAUCUUGCAUCACAGAUUUCCAUAUUCUAUUGUAACGUUUGCGAUUGUAACACCUGAGCGGGUUAUAACUCCGGGUCCGUCGGCAAGGACUUGUACCGGCCACCGGAGUAUGGAUUGCAAAUAUGUCUGGGUCUGGAAGAUUCCGAGAUUUGUCAUGCAGUUUUUCCAAGCUCCACCAAGGCUGGAAUGCAGGGCAUUGCAUCACAGGUUCUGCAGCCCCUUGGUGAUGCCUAUUCUGCAUGAGAAAUCAGCGCCCUCUCAGCAUGGCCAGAAAUGGGGACCUUUUGCAAGUCAUGCAACACAGAUUUUUGUAUGAUGCGCAACACGCAUGACAAGUUCGCAUCCUUCCAGCCCCAGACAUUUUUUGCAGUUGAUACGGAGCUGUACCACGGCACCCAGCAGAACUUCUACAAGGUAGCCCCAGUGGACGUGUUUUGCUGCGGUGUGGUAUUUAUCAAAUGCAAAAAUGUCUGGGUCUGGGAGAUUGCGAGAUUUGUCAUGCUUGUCUGGCAUGACUCUGAACUCUGUGUUGCAUGGCCGCGAAGAGCUCCUCCUCCCUGUCAUGCAAAAACGCAGUUUCUCAUGCGCUCGGCUAGCUGGCCGGGCUGUACUGAUCAGGUGUGGUGGGUAGCUCCCGACUGGUUGGUACUUUUCAUGGGGCGACUUGCCGUGGUAGCGCUCGGCUUUUGUAUGAUGAGGUCGCCGAAAGUGCUUCCUCGCCCACCCCCCGGGGAGGGGAUCCUUGACCUGUGGCGCUGGGAGCGGGUGUCCACUACAUGAUGAUGAUGAUGAUGACGCAACUCAGAGCCAUGGAAAAAACUUGUCAUGCUUGGCAGCGCAUUAUAGUGAGUUCACCAUUCCCUUUUUUGCGUCACAAGUUUCCAGACCCAGACAUUUUUGCAUUUGAUAGCAGUCUUCAUGAUGCUCACCGGCAAACCGUUGUGGAGGAGAUAUCCUAAGGAAAACCGUCCCCACGACCCCAUAGUCAGGUUGGGGAAUGUGCUACACAAAUCCACACGCUUUGGCGGUCCCGCAUGACAAGUUUUCAUCUGGUGUAGCAUGGUGCUGCUUAGCAGGGAGAGCCGCAUCACAAAGACGCCUGCUCAUCCUGUUUGCAGCAUUACAAAUCCCAGAUCACGUCGACUGCAAAUAUCUCUCAUGCGGAUGUGCAUUGCAGUUGUUUCUGUGGAUGCAAAUCUGCAUGCCAACUCUGGGGUGGGGACGUUUUUACAUAGGAUAGGAGAUGCACCAUGAGCGACAAAGUCACUGCUUUCCUUGCGGAGGGCGGCGCGGCGAGGUUCGACAGUAACUGGCAGCGGUUAGUCGACGGCUGGGGCUUCCGAGAACGGUUUUCCGCUGAUGCGCUGGAUUUGAUACCAAAAAUGGUGCACUUCGAUCCCGGCAGAAGAUGGUCGAUACCGGAGAUUUUGAAGCACCCCUUUUUCAUAGAACCGGAAGGAGACGGAAAAACGGAUCUGUGA